AUGCGUUUCCAAGUCGUGUCCACCCUCCUCUUCGCCGCCUCGGCCCUUGCUUCUCGCCAGUGCCACGAGGUCCCCGACACCACCACCACCGUCCCCACAGUCCCUACCACUCCCACCGAGCCCACCGAGCCCACCACCCCUACGGUCCCUACUACGGUCCCUACUACCCCCACCAACCCUGGUAAUGGCGGCAAGGAUGUAACCGUCGUCCAGGCCGAGAAUGCUUGCGGCAACGAUCUCGAGCUCCACUGCUGCGAAGACGAGCAGUCCUUCGAGGGUCUCGGUCUCCUUUCCAGCCUUCUCGUCGGCGGCGCUGGUCUCUUCAACGGAUGCUCCAAGCUCUCCGUUGCUGGCCUCAUCGGCGUUGGCGACCUUCUCGGAAGCCACUGCAAGCAAACCGCCGUCUGCUGCCACGGCGGUGAGACCACCCAGAACGGCCUCAUCAAUGUCGCCAUUCCUUGCAUUGCUAUCGGCGGCCUUCUCUAA